AUGCUGGACAAUAAGGUGGAGUUUGGUUCCCCAAAUAAGCAGUCUGGCGGAUUCUUUAACUCUGCUCUGGUACUAGGUAGAUUUACUGUUUUGGCUUGCAAAAACAACUCUAAGUUUCUAAUUACUGCUUUUUGGAUGCACCCGUUGUGUGUACCUCCACCCGAGGAUCCUAUGGGGCAGGCUGUUGGUAUGGAGGAUCCACCUACUUCUAUGUACAACUUAUUUGCUCCUAUUGAGGAUGACCCUUAUGUUCCUAUAGCCCCUGUGUCUCCUGUGCAUGACUUUGUGAUUCCGCCUAUACCACCUCUUUGUUACCCUUAUGCUCCGGUUCCGUAUAAGGGGUAUGGUCCCCUUAUUCCUAGAGUGCAUUUUCGUGACCCACCUCCAUCUCCCAUAGCUCCAAAGACUCCUAUCCACCCACCUAUUCCAGUACCUUCACCAAAUCGUCAGUCGGAUAUGCCUAAGGGGUAG